GGGAGCUGAGCAGAAAUUGGAAAUCUAGUCUGGACAGUUUCACCAGGAGAGGUUCCGAGUUCACAAUCUGAAGGUUGCAGUGGCCGAUGCCAAGUGCCCCAGAGGGAAUGAACAGAACAGUUUCCUCUAAUGCAAUGACUCAGCAGCCCCAGGAUGAAUUUGACACAAGUGUGGAGAAUGCAGAAGCUUGGAUGAAAGCCAUCCAGGAGAGACUGCGGAUCAAUGACAACACCAAGGGACCUCGGUCUGCCCUGGAAGCCAGGCUAAGAGAGACUGAGAAAAUUUGUGCAUUGGAGCCAGAAGGUCGAUUGAAAAUGGAUUUGGUCCUGAUGAAAGCAGAUGCCCUUCUUCGCUGCAUCAGCGAGGAGGAAAAGCAUGAGAUACUAUCCAAACUGAAAGACAUUAAAGCCAUGUGGGAAGAAACAGCCAUCUACAUUACUCAUUGCCACAGCCGUAUUGAAUGGGUGUGGCUGCACUGGAGUGAAUACUUGAAAGCCCAGGAUGAGUUUUACGCCUGGAUUCAUAACAUGAAGGUUACCUUGGAGCCUGACAUAGAGCUGCAGCUCGGUUUAAAGGAGAAGCAAUGGCAGCUGAGCCACUCCCAGGUUCUGCUGAACGAUGUUCUAAAUCAGUCAGUCCUGCUGGAAAGGCUGUUGGAGGAAGCUGCUUGCUUGUUUAACAGGAUAGGUGACCCGAGUGUCGAUGAGGAUGUCCAGAAGAAGAUGAAGGUGGAAUAUGAAGAAAUAAAGGCAGAAGCUCAGUGCAGAGUGAAAUUGCUUGAAAAGAUAACGAAGGAACAUGAGCAAUACAAGACCAGCGUUGACCAAUUUCAAUCGUGGCUGAAUGGUGUGACUGAAGGAUUGAACUGCUGCAUUGGAGAAACAACAAAGUUGCCAGCAGACAAUGGGCUAAAGACAUUGCAGAACAUUGCCAAAGAUGUCAAGCGUGGUGAAAAGAAAUUGAAAUGCCUGGAGGUUCAGUCUACAGGGGUGAUCCAGAACACCUCCCCCCUAGGAGCUGGGAAGAUGAAGGAUGAGUUGGAGGAGUUGAGGAAAGCCCUGGAGAAGUUGAAACUAAUAUGUGUUGAGGAAGAGGAGAGAAUGCAUAAGAUCCUUAAGUCAGAAAGUGCCUAUCAGUCCCAAGCCAGACAGUUGGAAGCAGAAGUCCAGGAAUUCAGAAAGAUGCUACAAAGACUAGAAGAUGACCUGGAGUCAGGGGAGAAGCCGAAGAGUGAAGAGGACUUAGUAGCUCUGUGGAGAAAAUACAUCGCAACAAGAGCAGCGCUUGCAGCAGAAGAGUCAAAGGUUGAGAGACUGAAGGCUCAGCUUAAGGAAUUGUUCCGGUUUUCACAGAAUAUACAACCACUCUCUGACGGUGUUGUAGCCGCAAUACGGGAAUAUCAAAGGGUCAAGGGAAAGACAUUUAAAAUGAGCACUGGGACUGAAACUGAGCUCAGGCAGAGUUUUCAAAAUCCACUGCGAGAGUUCCAGCUGUGGAAGCCAUCAGCUCAGAGACUUCUGGACUCCACUGCUAACGUUGCUGAGCCCUCCCUGACACAUGCUUUCUUACUUCAGAUUGAGGCAUGCCUGGCUCAGAGCUCCCAAUUCAAGGAGCAGUUGAUGAUGUUACAGCUGAAGAAGGAUUUGCUAAGCAGUAUCUUUGGUGAGGAGAGAGCAAAGUCUCUCCUUGUGGAAGUAACCGAUACGGCAAAGGAGAGAGAAAUUCUACACAAAAGUCUGCUGCAAAGGAGAAGCAGACUGCAGAGUUUGGUAACUCAACAUAAAGACUUUGAUGCAGGCUUUGUGCCUCUGCAGAAGAAGUUAUCUGCUAUCAGAGCCAAAGUAGAUCUAGAGAAUGAACCACAACCUGACCUUUUAGGUAAAGAAACAAGACUCCAGAGACUACAGAUGAUCCAAGAAGAGUUGGCAGAGUUUAUAGUUCAAAUGGAAGAGCUGGAGAAUCUAGUUCAAUCUAAUCCCACCCACAGGCAUAAAAUGAACCAGCUUUCAUCUGACUAUCAGAUACUGAAGAGAUCUCUGGAGAUCAUCCUGGCGCGGACUGAGAAGCACGUUCGGGAGCAUUGGACGUUCAAUAACAAACUGUCAGACCUUCAGCGGUGGAUCACAAUGACUGAACAGAAGUUGGAAUCCUAUCAGGAUGCCAGUGGGGAAAGGAACACGGAGAGCAAAGUCGCAGACCUGGAGGGGCUGCUAGCUGAAUUCCCAAGUAAAGAGAUCCAGUUGCACCUUGUUGGGGCUCAUGGCCAGCUGGUGAUUGAGAGUUCUUCCCCAGAGGGGGCAGCCCAUGUCCAUACUGAAAUGAACCAGCUGACAGAAUCUUUGAGAUCACUCAAAAAAAUGACAAUCAGCCUCCUCAGCAGCAUGCAGCCAAAUACAACAGUGGUUGAUACGGGGAAGAAUAUAACCAUUGUGGGUAAUCCACUGACGACUGGGUUUGCCUUUGGCUCUUCAGUGGUAACUCUCAAGCACGCCCAGGUGAAGGUGAGCAAAGAGGAAGAGAACAGUCACCUCCUUAAACUCAUGAAGGACUUUGAACAGUGGUUACAUGUAGAAAAUGACAAACUGAGCAAGAUUCUUAUCAUGAAACCCUCCAGUUGUGAAGAAGUUAAAGCAAUACACAGCAAGCUAAAGGAGCUGCAGUCUCGUGUUCCUGAGGGGCAACGUCUUUUCGAAGAUCUCCGUAGUCUUCAGACAGUUGUUGGGACCUCUGAAGAUGUGGAGGACCUGCGUUAUCAAUGGAUGCUCUACAAAUCUAAACUCAAAGACUCCACCAGCUCAUUGACUCCUAGAUCUUUGGAAGAACCCGAUGGAUUCAGAAAGAGACGUCCAGGGGGGAUGUGUCCUUUCCUGCACCGCGUGUGCUGGGCAGCACUGCCACUGCAGAUACUCCUGCUGUUCUUGCUGCUCCUGGCGUUUCUGCUCCCCUUGGUGGAGGAGACCCACAGCUGCAAGUUUGCCAACAACUUUGCCCGCUCCUUCAACUUGAUGCUGAGAUACGAAGGCCCUCCUCCAACUUAACUCCUCUACAGGCACGUGGCAAGAAGUGACUGGUUUAGACAUCCAGGCUGCUUUUUCCUGGGUGUCUUGACUAUUGCUAGUCCUUUAAAUCUAGGGCUUCUAACAUGGCCACUAGAUUAACUGGAAACAUCAUCAAAUAAACGCAGCAUAAGGUUAGUCCAUAUAAAUCAGGUAUUAACAGUUAGAGCUAAAUUAAUAUUUUUACAAUAUUAUAUGAAUAUAUUUAUACUAUGAGUGUAUAUAUAUAUAUAUAUUUUGUGUGUGUGUGUGUGUAUAUAACUAUAAUGAAAAAAAUCUAAACUCCACUGUUUUGGUCUAAUCCUGCAAUGUUUUUGCUUCUGCCUUUGUUCAGCUACGAAUAGCAGGUAUUUUAAAAAACUGAGUUCUUGUUGUUUACAACUGAAAUCAAAGUGAGUGUGAGAAAAUAAGGGAUGUUCUGUGGAAUCACGUGCUAGGAAAAAUUGUCUCUGAGAGUGAGAUGCAAUGGAAUCAUGUUUAAAUACGCUGUUUAACAUUUAGCCUUACCAAAAGGGGAAGUUUCUAUUUGGGAUCAGUAGCUAGUUUUUCUAUUGCUUGAUUCAGUCACCACUGAUGCCAAUGCAAAAACUGCUAUUGACGUCAGUGGGUGUGAGACCAGGCCCACAGUAUAUUCAAAUGCUCUCUGUGACAGUCUACCAACUUUUUUUUAAUGCUUGUCCUCUGUCACUCCUGAAGUAUGAGAGAUUAACUCGGGCAAGGAAAGCUGAAAAUAAUGGGGCAUUUUUCUAAACCUCACUCUAUAGUGAAAUGAUUUUGGAACCAAAUUGUAAUUUUUAUUUUAUUUUGUGCAGAUACAGUGUACAAAGCUCUGUGUAGCAGUGAACUGUGCAAGAGAGAAAAAUAUGAUCUUGUCCCCCCUUUUUAAACUAUAAAGAUCAUCCACACGAAUGGUUUUUGCACAGAAAUUGCUCUGGGAUGGACCCCAUGAUUUGGACAGUGGGAUGUAGCUUGUCUCGGCCUCAGCAUACAAAAUAGUCUCAGCACAGAAAUAUAUUAACAAAUGCAGUCAAUAAACAUGAUUCCUUCCUAGCAGGCGUUAUGGCAGUGGUUUGCUAACAAAACCUGACAUAGUGUAACUGCAUCAAGCACAAUUAUACUACAAGUUUUUAAAAAGUCUGAGGUCCGAGACACUGAGAAUUGUCAUCCUUUUACCUGGUCUUGUGCUUGUUUUCAUCAGCUCUUCUUUUGUAACAGAAAUGUAUGCAUUCAGUGUGCUUUUUAACGUAAAUGCGGUUCACAGCAUUAUUAUGAUGAAACAACCAUUUCCUGGUGGUGUUUUACCUAAUUGGAGCCUGCAUCUUGUCCAAAGGUAGGAAAGGGAAUUGUUUCAAAUACUUUGUGGCACUUCUUUGGUUCACCCCCCUUUUUUUCUGUUCAUUUUUAUCCUCAGAGUCCUACUCGUCAUACUGUCAGUCGAAAAAUCUUAGUUCGUUUCCCCUACCCUGGCUAUUUCUUUGGAUGAAACUUGAAUUCUAGGUGGCAGCAACUGACUUUUUUGUCUCUCGCCAAACAAGUCCCAAAAUAGUAUCAAUUUUAUACUGGAUACGCAUUAUUGUAUACCUGUAGGUGGGACUCACAUUUUUUUGUACCAUAAAACAUACAGGAGGUUAAUUACAUCCUGCCAUAUUCUACUCUGCAUACAAAACUCCAAUUCCCUAAAAUAAAAGGUAGAAUAUGGCCCAUAGUUACAUGUAUUAUAUUAUUUGAUGUAAAUUAUGUACUAACUACAGACCCAAUUCCACUAAGUAUAAUGGUGAUUACAAGAACAGCCAAAGGUCCAUCUAGCCUAGAAUCCUGUCUUUCGACCAUGGCCAAUGCCAGGUGCUUCAGAGGGAAUGAACAGAACAGAUAAUCAUCAAGUGAUCCAUCCCCUGUCGCCCAUUCCCAGCUUCUGGCAAACACAGGCUAGGGACACCAUCUGCCUUUCCUGGCUAAUAGCUAUUAAUGGACCUAUCCUCCAUGAAUUUAUCUAGUUCUUUUUGAACCCUGUUAUAGUCUUGGCCUUCACAACAUCCUCUGGCAAAGAGUCCCACAGGUUGACUGUGUGUUGUAUGUUACCCCUGCCUACUAUGUCAAUAAUUAUGAAGAGUUGAAACAACAAAGUUCAGAUCUGAGAUUCCCCCAAAGUCUUUAAAAAAAAUUUGUUUUGAUAAAGAGAGGGACGAGAGGACAAGGUAGCAUAGGAGGGAGGAGAUAUUGAGGAGUUCUGAAUAGAAGGGAAUAGGCAGCAGUGUGGGGAGAGAGGUAAGAAGGUGGGUGCAGAUAGAGAAGGUGGGAGAAAAAAGAAUAGGAUAUGAAAAAGGAAGGCAUGAACGAUAAGAAUAUAGAAUGCAAGAACAAUCUCUAUUAGGGUCCCUCUAGUCCAGUGGUUUUCAACCUUUUUUCAUUUGCGGACCCCUGAAAAAAUUUGAAUGGAGGUGCAGACCCAUUUGGAAAUCUUAGACAUAGUCUGCGGAUCCCCAGCGGUCCAUGGACCACAUGUUGAAAAUCACUGAUCUAGUCCAUCUCUAUGCCUAUUCAGGAUUAUUUCCCAUUGUACAUUGUCCAGUCUAAUUUCAAAUGUCCAAGUGGUGGGGCCUUUCCCAUUUCUCUAAGGAGACUAUUCCCCUGCAGAGGGCUCUCACUGUCACAGAGGUCUUGUCUACACAAACAUUUUUCUUCAUGCUUCCUGCAAUUGCAGUGACACCAGGGUCAGCAAGGGUGGGAGUUCUAAUACAGCAAGAAUACUGGUGUUCUAACAAACAUGUUGUCUAACCCCACUCAGAGCAGGUGGAGUGGACAAGGUGGUCAAAUUGCUAUCUGCUGCUCAUGGCCCACCUACACUGGAGCUAGAUCAUUGCUAGAGCUGGUCAAAAUGUUUCAAAUUUAGGAAUUCUGAUGAAAAAUGUCAUUGAAAUUUUGAAAUCCAGCUCCAAAAAAAAGGAAACAGUUAUUUUUGUACAUUUUUCAGUCAACUAGGAAAUUAGAAGGAAAAACGCCAGAGUAGGCAGAGCCAGAGGGGAGAAAUGCAGCAGAAGGAAGAGCAGAGGAGGAUCUGAAGCGAUGUCGAUUAAAAACUGGCAGUUAAGAGCUAGGAGAAGAGAGAGGAGACCGGUGACUUAAAGCAGAAAGGUGACAAGAAGAAGAAAUUGUGAAAGACAAAUAAGGGGUUUAAAUAUAAACAGGAAGGAAAGGAAGGCAUCAAGCUGUGUCCUCCUUUGCAAAGGAGACAGAUGGAAAGGGACUAUAAUUCACAAGUGAUGCAGCAAAUGAAUUCCUUCUUUGCAACUGUUAUUUCCAGCAGAGAAGAGAGACACAUCCUCCUCUCCCCCAGUUAGCUGGUUCAAGAGCCAUGCAAAUUCUACUCUGUGUAGCAAGAAUUUAAUCAUCUAAGCUCUGAACCAUGUGCUUCUCCCACCUCCAUUUCAAACCAUUUCAAUGUGUACAAAGAACCAGAAGGGGGAUGGGGCAGGAUAGAGAUGUAGCAGUGUUUGUAGCAUAGCCACAUUCUGCUUCGUUGAGGGGUGUUGUGGUCAGGAAAUGAAAUAAAACAGGAUGAAAAGCAGGAGAGAAAAAGAACUAUAACAAGUGGGAAAAGUUAGUUAAGGUGAAGAUCAAGGAGGAAAUGGUCAGAUUUUUUGCAUGAAAAUUACAGAAUCUCCCAAGAGUUUCUGGGCACUGGCCUUUCUUGUCUGGAUUGUUUUUGAGUUCAGCAGUGGAUUUUACAAGAGUUGGCAAUACAAAUGUAUGGGACAUUAAAGAAAUUAUUUCCAUGCAGAGGGUCUUAUGAAAAUAACUUCCAUGUCACCUUAAAGUUUCAAUGUUGGGGCAGGUUUAAAAAAAAAUCUAAAUUAGAACCACCUUUUUGCCGCUAGGGUUUUGCAUUGAAUUUAUUCUUUAACAUCUCUGCUGUAAAUCUUGGAGUUUUUCUGUAAACAAACUAAGCAAUACAAAUAUCACAUAGCAGAGGUGAAUCUUUCUCUGUUUUUAAUGGAAAUCGGCUCAAGCAUUAGGCUCAGAUUUCUCUCUUACACCAGUUUUAUGCUAGUGUAACUUCAUUGUUCUCAGUGGAGUUAUUCCCAGUUUACAUUGGUGUAAGAAAAAUGUAAAUCAGGUCCUUUGUGGUGUGGGUGUCAGUUGGGGGCAGGGGAGGUCAAAAAGAGAAAAACCCAACCUUUCCUCAUUUCUUAAUUUAAUUCAGAAGAUUUUACCUUAUUGAUUUUUGGGAGGGUAACUGCUAUUAAGAUCUAAAGCUCAAAUAAUGGUAAAGGAAAGUGGAUUCAGUUCUCCCCCUAGCAGGACUGUUUUCCUCACAGUUGGUUUCCUGUGUCAAGAAAACAGGCCCCUAUAUCUAUAAAAUGCAUCCCAAGGAACAAAGUUUCAAAAGCAGUCUCACAAACGUUAGGUACAGAUUUCUGUCUACGUUUUUGCAGACAGUUUUUCUUGUCCUAACUUUUAUAAAAUCUUAGAUCAUCUGUGACUAGAGCUGGGUAAAACUUUUUGGCUGAUACUUUUUCAUGAAUGUGUGUUGGAUUCACUUAAUUGUUUCAGUAGAAAAUAACAAACAAAAAUUCUGAAAAAGUCAAAAUAUUUCAUUUUGGCAUUUUGAAAUGAAACAUUUUGCCUUUUUGAUUCAAAACAGCUUUUCAUUUUGACUUUUACUUCUGUUUUAUUUUUAAAAAUUGAAAGUUGU